AUGUACACCAGCGGUUUGGACGCAAGACCGCUUUCUAUAUGAUGAAGAAGCCCCAGGGUUCAAGAGUGAGUGGUCCUGGUGGUUUUCGCAAAGCCAAAACCCACCGGACCCGAAGUCUGCGCUCUACAUGCUGGAGAACUACCCGGCCGGGUUCAGCUAUUCGGACUUCGCGCCCCAGGUCCAUGCCCAGUUCUUUGACGCAGAUGACUUGACUGACAUAUUCGAGGCUUCC